UUCAUUUUAUGAAGUGUACUUGGUGAGCAAGGAUACUCUCUCUCUUAUAUCAAGUCGGACAGAGGUAGAGACUAGAGAGGACGAAACAACAUAUAUACACACACACGUAGUUUAGAGUUUCAACAAUGUCACGGCUUAUAAUCAACCGAAUCUUCAAGCCCUCUGUCUGCAAAAACAUCCUCAGACCCACAAACGUUCGUCUGUUCUCAUCUACAACUUACACGAGCGGGUUGGAUUCGGAUGAUAAGACUAAAGUGAAUCAGCCUUUCUCGUCUAGACCAGCCUACCCGUUUCUGUUGAUUGACCACAUACUUAACAAUCCAGAUUCUUCCUCGGAUGGUCGCAUAACAACAUGCGAUUAUUACAAUAGUCCCAAUGAAAAGGUAGUCUUGAUUAAUGACAAGGAUCUAAAGGAAGAGGUCUGUGAUGCGAUGACUGUCGGAUUUUCACGUGAUGGAUUGCAAGUCGAGCUUUACUAUAACAACGCCACUAGUUCAUAUGGUCCAGCCAUAUAUUACGAGCCCACUGACCCCAAAAUAGAAAACGUGGAGGCUUAUCUACCUCCUCUACCCACGGGUUCCCAAAUCCAAAGCCUGGCCAUGUCAUCUUUACCUACACGAGAUAAAAACUGGGUAGUGGGUGUCAAAUCUUCGGGAUCUCAAUUGAGUCUUUGCAGGCCUUUUGGAAGCUGUAAAUGGAUCAACAUCAAAACCACGCCUCACUGUGUAAACCCUUUAUCGAGCCUCAUGUUUUCCAAGAAAGAUAAAAGGUUCUACAUCCCAACUGUCGGAGGUAACUUCUUGUGCUGUUUGGAUCUCCACUCUGAGAUACCCGACUUACACAGAUUCAAGUUUGACGCUCUCCCAAAGUCGGUCUUUCAAGAGUUGGCGGACGUGAGUGCAUGUUCCAGGACAGACCAUCUUGUGGAGUCCCCCACCGGCCAACUUUUCCUCGUCAAAUGGUAUGGCGAGGAUUCGGUGGACUAUGAUGACAACACACUGAAUCACGUAACAAGAAAGUUCAUGGUGUUUAGAGAGGGGGAACAAUCGUACCAAAACAGCAGGACGAUGAUCUAUACUGAAGACAUUGGAGAUCUUUGCAUAUUCGUUGGACACAGUGAGGCUUUUUGCGUCCCGGCUAGCUCGUCCCCCGGGCUCAAACCUAACUGCAUCUACUUUGUGGGCAAUAACUUUGGUGUUUAUGAUCUCACCACAAAAACUUGCACUACCUUCUGCACUGGAGAUAACGUUCCAUUAAAGAACUUGAAAUUCCCUUACUGGCUUCCUCUCCACUAGCUCAUAAUUGUUAUCGUUGUCUUUGUUUUCCCAUGCUAUCAUUUAGAUCCAAUGUUCUCUUUCAAUCUAUGUUUUAAUUAUAUUUACGUACGA